GAUAUUACAAAGGAAAUGCGAAACGGACUGGAGGCACAAAAUGUUCCCUUGGUAACACCCGAUGGAAAGAAAUGUGUGCGUUUACUUGAUUUACUUCAAGCUGAGAGAGCAUUAGUCGUGUACUUUGGCAGUUGUAGUUGCCCAGUGUUUAUGAAUAAACUGAAAGAAUUUGGUGUUCUAGCUCAAGACUUUUCAGAUAUCGUGGAUUUUGUCGUUGUAUAUAUUGAAGAAGCUCAUCCAAUUGAUGGAUGGUCUUUCAAGAAUAACUUUAUCAAAGUACGAAAGCAUCGAAAUCAAUAUGAAAGAUGCAAAGCCGCGCAAAAGCUACAAGAACUCAAUCUUCCAUGUCAAAUAAUGGUAGAUACAAUGGACGACAAUGCAAAUGUGGCCUAUGGAGCGUUGCCUGAGAGACUCUACGCCAUCGAAGAAGGUAAAGUCGCAUACGUGGGCGGACAGGGACCAAUGAAUUCAUCAAUGAAAGCAGCACGUGACUGGCUAGAGUCAUAUCGCGAGAAAAACACAUUUAGAAGAUGGACAAUCUAACCCAGCGAGCAAGAACUGUACAGAAUGCAAACUUCGUAUAAUGACA